GAUAUUGUUUGGUUCACUGCCAGGGACACGUGCGGGCAGCGUGAGGAGCUCUUAAAACUUCAGCACAGCUGUUAAUGCUUCAUUCGGGUUGGUUGGAGUAGAUGCUGCUAUACUAAUUGGAGCUGGAAAAGUGAGCUGUUUUGUGCACACUGAAUCCGGCAUGUGCUGUGGAAGCCCACAUGCAGUGGGUAACAGUAUCCGGUAUUGGACAGCAGUUUCAUUGACGAGGGGGAAGUGGAGCCCUUUCAAGGCAAACGCAUUUAUAAUUGUUCAAGUAUACAGACAGACGUGCUGGACAAUGAGGACGUGCGUGUGAUGCUGCAGGGCUCCAGCAUAGUGAAGGUUCGCUCUCAGCGCUGGCAGAAAAAACGCAGCUUCAGACUGCUGGAGGACUGUGUGACUGUGUGGUGCGAGUCCAGCAAGACCUCCCGCAAAGCCCAGAGACGCCAGAGCUUCUGUGUGACAGAGGUGGAGUGUGUAAGGGAAGGCUGUCAGUCGGAGUGUUUGCGGCGGGUGGCCGACUCAGUUCCCGAGGCUCACUGUUUCACUCUGGUGUUCCGCGGAGGGAGGAAGAGUCUGGACUUGUGCUGCUUGUCUCAGGAGGAGGCGGAAUGCUGGGUCCGUGGCAUCCGCACACUCAAAGAUCGUGUGUCCAACAUGAGCCAGAAAGAAAAACUUGACCAUUGGAUCAGAAGUUAUCUGAGACGUGCAGACCUGAACCAGGACGGGAAAAUGAGUUACGACGAGAUCAAACGGCUGCUCCAGAUGAUCAACAUAGACUUGAAUGAACAGUACGCCCGGACGCUGUUUAAGAAGUGUGACCGGUCAUGUGACGGGCGUCUGGACCAUGUGGAGAUUGAGGAGUUUUGUCGGGAGCUGCUGCGGAGGCCGGAGCUGGACGCUGUGUUUCGGCAUUACUCCAGUAACGGCUGUGUUCUCUCCACCUUGGAGCUGAGGGACUUCCUGGGCGAUCAGGGCGAGGACGCUUCACUGAGCCACGCCCAGAAACUCAUCCUCACCUACGAGUUCAACGACUGGGCCCAGAAAAACCUAUUCAUGACUCAGAACGGCUUCACCAUGUACAUGCUGUCCCGGGAGAACGACCUAUUUAAUCCAGAUCACACACGUGUACAUCAGGACAUGAGCCAGCCGCUUGCCCACUACUACAUCUCCUCAUCACACAACACCUACCUCACUAAAGACCAGGUCACCAGCGACAGCAGCACCGAGCCCUACAUCAGGGCUCUCAAUCAGGGGUGCCGCUGUGUGGAGCUGGAUUGCUGGGACGGAGAUAAAGGAGAGCCCGUGAUCUAUCAUGGACACACGCUCACUUCUAAAAUCCCAUUCAAGGAAGUCAUCGAAACCAUCGCUCAGUACGCCUUCAAGGCAUCUCCAUACCCUCUGAUCCUGUCUCUGGAGAAUCACUGCUGUGUGGAGCAGCAGGCGGUCAUGGCGCAGCACCUUCGCUCCAUCUUGGGCUCGGCCCUCCUCACCAAACCACUCAGUGACCAGUCGCUCAAUCAGCUGCCCUCACCUGAGGAGUUGAAGGGGCGAAUCCUGGUGAAGGGGAAGAAGCUGGGCGCUGGUCAGCUGGGAAAGACAAACAGCUCUGCCAGCUUCUCCUCCAGCUCAGACGAGGAGACAGGGGGCAGCAUCAAGAGCCCAAACAAGAAGGAUCCUGGGAAACCACCUAUCUCUUCUAAACUAAGUCCUGAGCUGUCAGAUCUGGUGGUGUACUGUAGCAGCGUGCCAUUUGGAGGAUUCGAGGCAGCCAAUCAGAAACCACCAAGUGAGAUGUCCUCUUUCUCUGAGAAUGAAGCCCUCAAACACAUCAAAGACUCAGGAAAGCUCUUUGUGAGACACAACAGUAGGCAGCUGAGCCGGAUUUACCCAUCAGGCCAGAGGCUGCAAUCCUCCAACUAUGACCCGCAGGACAUGUGGAACGGAGGCUGUCAGAUGGUGGCUCUGAACUUCCAGACUCCGGGAGAGCAGAUGGAUCUGAACCGCGGCCGUUUCCUGCCCAAUGGUGGCUGUGGAUAUGUGCUGAAACCAGACUUCCUGUGUCAUCCAAAGUCCAACUUCAACCCCGAAAACACAGGCGGAGGACCCGGACACAUACCCACCCAGCUCACCAUACGGGUGAUUUCUGCCCAGCAGUUACCCAAGAUCAACACAGACAAGCCCAACUCCAUCGUGGACCCACUGGUUUGGGUAGAGAUCCAUGGAGUGGCUAUCGACAAAGCCCGCUCCAAAACCCAGCGCAUCAACAACAACGGUUUUAACCCACGAUGGGACUGCACACUGAGCUUCCAGCUGCAGGUUCCAGAGCUGGCGCUGGUGCGCUUUGUGGUGGAGGAUCAUGACCACACGAGCAAAAACGACUUUGUCGGACAGUUCACCAUACCCUUCACCAGCUUGCGCAUAGGUUACAGGCACGUGCACCUGCUGAAAGCAGACGGCUCCAGCCUCUCUCCAGCCACUCUCUUCAUCCAUGUGAAAGUGACGCGGAGAGGAGUCCCCAUCAAAACAGUCUCAAGCCGCAUUGGUAUAUCUGACCGCUUCAGGCCUGAGCCAUAGGGACCUUGGUUUCUGAGAAGACUCUACCUGGUGUAGUGCCUCUGGAUAGGGCUGCAGAGGAGCAAGAACAGCCUGGCUAUACUAACGCCCCCUCAAGAUGGCACUCAUGAAACACAUACUGCCCAGAGAAGUGCCAACAGUCCAUGCCUGUAGGCCUGUAGCUCAGUACAAACAUGGCAUCUCUGUUGCAAAGCCGGUGUUGCCUGCCAUGCUUUAGAAUAGAGCUGAGAGAACUAGAACUGCUUCUAUAGAAGCAAAAUGUGUUAUGUGCUUAGUGUUGUUUUCUAAAUGGACAUAGAGGCAGCAACACUAGACUGCUAAUAUGUUAAUAAACGCUUUUUAGAUAGUCAAAUGUUUAUUUUAUUGAUAAAUUAAUUGUAUUUACAAUCCAAAUACAUUUUAUUGUAACUGACAUUCAGAUAGUCAUUAAGUGCUGUAAUAUUUGUAUUAUUUUAUUAUUGUGCCAUUGUGAGCAGCUUGUUGUGUUCAGGCUAUGUGUCUCUGAAGUUUUGCAGAAGCAGAUGUUGGCAGGAUUAAAGACGGAUGUAGCAUGUGAAAAAGAAGCUUUUGACAUGUAUUGAAAGUAAGUGAAUUCAGGAAUGUUGACGUGACUGUCGUGUAAGAGUGGAAUUCCAUACAGAAUUAUUGUAUUGUAUGAAACAGGUGAUAUCAGUGGUUCAGCACUGUAUAAUGGACAGCAGUGAGAGUUAUUGUACACUUUCUUUUUUUACGUCUGUAACUUCAAAUGUGGUAUGAAUAUGUACGUAGACUAUGAAUUGAAGCUAUUUUAAUUAGAAGAUAAUAUAGCUCUGCUUUUGGUAUUAUGAAUAUUUUCUGAUACUCUGACAAUCAGUAUUUGCUGAACAUCUUCUGCUUACAAAUAUUGCUCAGACAACAAGCGCUAGUGCUGCCUGGUGUAAGUUAGUUUCAUUUUAAAUCAAGUAAGGCACCGUUAAGCUGUCUUAAGCCGAAUUAUACCCUAGCUUCAUCAUCUGUACAAGAGUACUCACUGUACACUUACACAAAAUAACUCAGUUACUGCUGAGAAUCUGAAUUAGGAAAAGUACAAGUUGAUUAAAAGCACAUCUGUGUUAGAUUUGA